CAGCUAACGUCAUUCAUUCUUUGUAAACAAGUGAAGCGAGAUCGAGUUUGUUGUCAGUUUUCUCAGCGAUAAUUUGGCGAUUUUGGAAGAAAUCCAAGUCACAAGUAGGCAGCAAAUUGAAGUAAUUUUCGUUAAUUAACCAGGAAAUCAAUUCAAGAUGUCCAUGUACCCGUUUUUUGUGGAAUACGAGCGUCCUCGUCCUCGACCGAUCCGUCUCCCGGAACACCUCUUCAACUUGGGCCUGACUCCGCAGGGGGACCAACUGGCCGUCUUAUCCAUUCCUCAGUGCCACUGGAGAGAUGUUGCAGCUGCAGCCAAGGACAUGGCGUCAACAAUAAAGGAAGACAAAGAGAAAUUCCAAGUCAAUGUAGACGUUCAGCACUUUUCUCCUGAAGAGAUAUCAGUGAAAACUGUGGAUCGUUUCUUGGUUGUGGAAGCAAAGCACGAAGAAAGGCAAGACGAGCACGGAUUUGUUUCGAGGAGUUUCACAAGGAAGUAUGCUUUGCCAGAUGGGGUGGAGGCAGAUGUUUUAACUUCGAAAUUGUCUUCUGAUGGUGUUCUGACCAUUUCGGCGCCAUUGAGAGUACCCCCGAAGGCAAGUAAUGAACGAGUUGUCCCUAUCAUCCAAACUGGACCAGUGAAGAAACAAAUUGAAGGGCAGCAAGAAGGAUAAUUGGCUAGUUUUUGGACUUUAUUCUGAUCUCAGUUACACUGCAUUUGAGUUUUGGUUGUGAGAGUGUACAUGUGUUGUUAUUUUUUUAUGUUGUUUGAAUAAAAUGACGUUUUAGUCAUUCAUUAC